AUGCUUCGGAUUGCCUGGAACGAGGUGCAGCCGCCUGAAUAUUUGGGUCUUGAUGGAUCUGGUGCGCUUAAGAAGGAGCUGCGCCGCCCCAAGAGCUCGCGUGGACCAUGGGCAAAUUUCCGUUCGACCACCACCUCCAACACGGUGGGUGGAGGCGGUCGCGUGGGCUCUCCGACGAGAAUGUCCAGGCGCCAGGCUCCCUUGAAGGAAGAGCCGAAGGCUACAAGUCGUCAGAAGGCACCGGCAGCUUCUUUGAUUCCUCGCGAUGUUGGCCGAGUCGCUGCAUUGCAGGCCCGCACCAAAGAACUCUGUGCGCAGCGCGCUGAAGCGGCUGAGCGCGAGCGACUGCUGAGAACGGACCUGCUGAAGGCAGAAGAGGAGAUCGCCAACUUAACGAAGGAGCUGGAGGACGUUCGAAAGGUUCUGCAGGCCGAGUUCGCCAGGCGCACGGAGGCUGAGCAGCAGCUCGAGCUGAAGAGCAUGCGCUUGGAGGACUUGCCAUCCAUUGUAGCAGAAGAGUGGUUCCGUGUCAGUGAGUUGAUGAGACGCACGAGACUCCAGAGCACGGACGACAAAGUCGAUGUCGGCUUUGACAUCCAGAGCUUGCCGUUGAGUGUGCCAGGGAGCGUUGUGCAAAGCGUUCAUGGCAGUGAGCCAGACGACAUGCCCGGAAGCAAGCGCAGCGAAGGGAUCGCCAGCCCCUGGCUUCUGAACAGAGCUGUUCGACAUUGCCCCCUGGGCUUGAGCGAGAUCUCACUCUCCGAAGCCGAAAGCUUCUCCGUCACGGAGAGCGUGCCGUUCACGGCACAGGCGCUCGAAGAACUUAGAGCCAAGUGCCAGGCACCGUUUGCCGGCAAUGCCUAUCGGGCAAUCAAAGAUGCCGAGCGUGCCUUCGGCACGGGCGGCAGAGAGGCGGAAGGUUGGGAGGAGGAGAAUGUGAAAGUAAAGGGGGAGUUCGACUCCGACUCAGAUGACGAGUCGGGUGACUCCGACUUCUCCACCGAGGAGACGGCAGCAGUGGCCAAGGCGAUGGCAGCUCCGAAGCGGCGGCGCAAAGAGGUGUCACCGAACAUCAUUCGAGGUCUGGACACCUUGGUUUAUGAGCUGAUCCUGCGUGUUGCGCAACCUGGAGAAGGAAUUCUGGUAUUCCUGCCCGGCAUCGGUGAGAUCAGUGAGCUGCAAGAGGCGCUAAUGCCCUUGGAGGACAUCGAUCAGCAGGCACACAUGAACUGGUCGCCCGGCCUCGAGCGCAACGACCUCCACUUCAAGGUCUUCGUGCUGCAUUCCUUGAUUCCGAAGGACGAGCAGGAAGGCGCCGUCUUUGACCCACCACCGCCGGACACGGCUCACAUCAUCCUGGCUUCCAACAUCGCAGAGUCGUCUCUGACGAUCCCCAAGGUUCGCGUCGUCAUUGACUUCGGCCUCAGACGCCAGCUGAUCUACGACAAGCGGCGGCAUAUGUCUUGCUUGGUGACCACGUGGGUAUCACAAGCCUCAGCCAAGCAGCGAUGUGGCCGGACUGGUCGUGUCUUUGAGGGGGUCAACAUCAGGCUUUACACCAAGCAGUUCUUCGAAAGCUACAUGGAUGAGUUCGAUCCUCCAGAAAUGCAAACAGCUCCGCUUGAGAAGCUCUACGUGAAUGUGAAGCACUUGAGUGCCAAGCUUCCUGCGUACCAGGUAACACCCACUGAGUUCCGCAAGCGCACUCCAAAGGAGCUCCUGAUGCUUGUUGCCCAACCACCAGAGGAAAGCGCCAUUGCAAGCUCCAUCGAGAACCUGGACCAGCUCGGAGCGCUGACAAGUGACUCGGAGUCCGCAGAGCUGACGGUCCUCGGGUACUUGAUGAUGGCGGUUCCACUAGACGUUCAGCUCUGCCGCCUGGUCAUUUUCGGCGCCCUACUCGGCAUGCCGUGCGAGGGAGUCGUGUGCGCAGCAGCGACCAGCGUUCAGGAUCCAUUCACAUUGCCCUCGCACCUCAUCAUGAAGGAUCCCAAAGAAUAUGCUGAGGCAGUGCGCCGAAGCUACGAGUCCAGGAAGUAUUUCGACCAUGGCCACUGGUCGGAGCCGCUGAUGCUGCGCAACUUGUUUGUGCACUUCCUGUUGGAGUUCCGGAAGAUGCAGAUCGACAAGUGCAACCGUCGUGGGCGCGUGGGCCGCGAGUCCACACGUAGCGCCUUCACGCGCUGUGCACAACUCAUGGCAUCGAAGUUUGCCGUCGUGCCCAAGCGCCUGGUCAACUUGGCUAAUGCGACUUGA